CCAAAAAAGCCACCGCCAGGUGGUCAUACCGUCACCGUGUCUUUCCCUCACCACUCCCACAAUCUGAGCUCCGUUACGGAGCCUCUCGGCAAGAUUCCUUCCCACGGGUCGCGCGCGUCUCUUUUAGGGGGGUCAUUCGAUCCCGCCUUCCGACGAAGAACAGGAGGUUUCCGCGCACGAGAAGGAUAUUCCAACGUCGCACCGGCAGCACAUACCCCGAGGAUGUAUGUUCCAAACACUCAUUGGACAUGGUCCUUUGCCAUCGUGACGCUCAUCCAAACAAUCGUCACACUGGGUCUUGAAUGCUAUAUCUUCGCAAAUUUUCAGAUUCAAGAACUCCCAAACGACAGUCCCGCCUCGAAAACGAUCCCCACUUUUCUCGCCCUCUACGGUUUCGGUUUCCUCUAUGAGCUGGUGCUGGUCUAUGAUGCGCUGCGCAUGAAGAACACCAUUCAGAUCAUUGGACUGUGCAUUUGCAAUGUUGGCCUACUGAUCUACGGUGCUGUUCAAGUGAAUCAGAUUCGCGAUGCAGUCUCUACGUUGGCCUACAUGCAUAUGAUUGAUCCGAUUGUUUGGGUUCAGUCUGAGCCAUUUUUGAUCAUCAUUCCAUGUAUUGUGGCAUUAGGAACAUUUUUGAUGGUCUUCGUCGCAUACAAACUCUACGAUGAGUUCGCCUGGACGAUCUACAAACAUAUCAGUGCCGAUCUGCAAAUGAAGCGUCGCUAUCUCACCUACCAGAUCUACAUUGCUCUCUUGAAAUUUGAUUUCUUCUUCUUCCUGGGCUUCACUGUUCAGUUCCUGGUCUUGGUCUCAUCACUCAAAAUGGACACCGAGUUUGCGCUCACUGUGGCUGCUAUCCCUGUGACGAUCAUUAUCCUGGUUUGUGGUGCCUGGUUCGUGCGACGAGAAACCACGACGGGCAUGAUCAUCAUCAUUCUCCUCUUCUUCGCCGCCAUGGCUUACUUCUGCUUCAAGCUGUUCCGCAUGUACUCGCCGGAGACAUACUCAUGGUACCUGCCCGCUCGGCCAUCGAUGACCUUCUUCGCCAUCAUUACCAUCGUUCUGAUUGUGAUCACUAUCAUCAAUGCCUGCAUAUGCGUCCACAACUUCAACCGCGGUCUGAAGCCCCACAUCAACCGGAAGAAGAAUAAGGAGGCAGAAAAGACGAAUACGGAGCUCACUUCCAACCUCACCCAAGUACCGUCACGGAUGAUGAUCGAUUGA